AGCGCAUGCGCAGUAGGGCGCAGAGAGGCCGUAUCCCUCCGCCGAGCCCCCCUUUUGUCGGGGCUAUUUGUGUAAUAAGAUAAUCCCGCACCCCGAUGAUGUCCCUGGUAGAUUUGGGAAAGAAGCUUUUAGAAGCUGCACGAGCAGGUCAAGAUGAUGAAGUUCGCAUUUUGAUGGCCAAUGGAGCACCUUUCACCACAGACUGGUUGGGAACAUCUCCACUUCAUUUAGCAGCGCAGUAUGGACACUAUUCAACAACAGAAGUGUUACUUCGAGCAGGUGUGAGUCGCGAUGCCAGAACCAAAGUGGACAGAACUCCAUUACAUAUGGCAGCGUCUGAAGGCCAUGCAAGCAUAGUAGAAGUCUUACUUAAGCAUGGGGCUGACGUUAAUGCAAAGGACAUGCUAAAGAUGACUGCACUUCACUGGGCUACUGAACACAAUCAUCAAGAGGUGGUGGAACUCUUAAUAAAAUAUGGAGCAGAUGUCCAUGUUCAAAGUAAAUUUUGCAAAACUGCAUUAGACAUUGCAAUAGACAAUGGAAAUGAAGAUUUAGCAGAAAUAUUACAGAUUGCAAUGCAGAACCAAAUCAAUACAAAUCCAGAGAGUCCAGACACUGUGACAAUACAUGCAGCAACACCACAGUUUAUCAUUGGACCUGGAGGGGUGGUGAACCUAACAGAUGAAACAGGAGUAUCUGCUGUACAGUUUGGAAAUUCCUCCACUUCUGUAUUAGCUACAUUAGCAGCUUUAGCAGAAGCAUCAGCACCACUGUCCAACUCUUCAGAAACACCAGUUGUGGCCACAGAAGAAGUUGUGACUGCCGAAUCAGUGGAUGGUGCAAUCCAGCAAGUCGUCAGUUCUGGAGGUCAACAAGUUAUUACUAUAGUUACAGAUGGCAUUCAGCUUGGUAACCUCCAUUCCAUUCCAACGAGCGGAAUAGGUCAGCCAAUCAUUGUGACUAUGCCAGAUGGGCAGCAAGUAUUAACAGUACCAGCAACAGACAUUGCUGAAGAAACUGUGAUCAGUGAAGAACCACCAGUCAAGAGGCAGUGCAUUGAGAUUGUUGAGAAUCGUGUGGAGUCUGCAGAAAUAGAAUGCCUUCAGCUUUUACAGGAGAGAGAAACUCUACAGAAACAGUUGGAUGAGGCAAAUCGAGAAGCACAAAAGUAUCGCCAGCAGCUUCUAAAAAAAGAGCAAGAAGCAGAGGCCUACCGGCAGAAAUUAGAGGCAAUGACCCGCCUCCAGACUAAUAAAGAAGCUGUUUGAGUAUCAAAAUGGACACACUGCAAAGUCUGUUACUUUCAGUCAAGAAAACUGCAGUACAAUCUUGAACUGUACUCUGGAUAGGUGCAGAAAUGAGAUUACCUGAUAAAGAAGAUGCUACACAUUGAUAACUGGACUUAAGCCAUGAGCUCUGCUGAUUUGUAACAUAAAAACUCUGAAUUUAGAAAUUGUGAAAAGUAUUUAAAAUUAAAUACUGUAAAUAGUUGUUUUUUUUACAGUUCCAAAAUGAGUUGAUAAAUCUUUUUGAAGGGAUCCAGAAACACAAGAAGCCAAUGUUUUUGUGAAAUUUUUGAUUUUAGUAUGAAUCUAAUUUCUGAAAAACAGAACAGUUUUAAGGGUGAUAUUGCUGAUUUAGAAUGAAAACUUGAAAAUGAAUUAUGUGACAAAAUGAAUAGUUAUUUCUAUAAGGUAACAACAUAAACCUCUAUCUGAAUAAGACAUUUCCUGAUGGAAAUCUUUGUACAGCUUUAAGUAGUUGUCUCAGUUUAUCUGAAAACUCCUUUUUUUUAGAAAGUGAAAUUUUUAUAUUUAAUUUCAGAUAUAUCCGAGUAGAUUUACAUGUAUAUGAAGCUAAUAUUUUUUAAACUUUUCAGUUUGUACAUAUUCUGCAUGUUUUUAUAAUUUCUAUCCAUAUAUCCUGCAUAGGUAUUUUUCAGCAAACAGAAGAAAAAUAAUGAGAAACAUGUUUAGCCCUAGGGGUCAUUUGAAGUAAGCAAGCUAGCAGCCAGUUUUAUUGUGAAUGAUAUAUUUCUUGAAAGAAUGUAUUUUGUGAAAAUAAAUCUUAAUUUACUCAAUACAGACCAUUUAACUUUCUGAUAGUGGAAGCGUUGACACUUCAUUUCUGUGAAUCUCAUAUCUUUCAUGAGCAAACUUUUAAAGUACAGAAAUAUGAAAGAAUGUUUCCACUAGACAACAAAUAGCAGCUUCUUUUUUUUUUUAAAUAUUCUUUUCUGUUUCCGUGGUAAACUUGCUAUUACCUCAGUGAUAUAUUUUACAUACAAACUUUUUCAUUUAAAUUAUGCAAUCGGAUGAGAAAGUUUUGUGUUGUAGUGAUGCUUUUCUUACCUGGCAUCAUUGCUCUUCACUGUGAUACUGUGUUUGUGUCUGCUGGUGCAGUGAUUUCUUCUAUUAUACUCUGCAUUUAUAUAUUGCUUUUUCACUUUCAAAACACUGUAAAAUUGUUGCAGAAUUUAUCCUCACUGUAUGCCUGAGGCAGGUAAGUAAGUGUUCUUGUCCCGAUUUUACAGCCAUCUUAAGUGGGACUCUCAGAGAGAUUUUUAAGUGACUUGCCCAGGGCCACCUGAAUCAGUGGCAGACUCAAGAAUUGAACUUGGGGCUUCUGGCUCCUAGUUCUGUGUUUAGACUCUGCUGCCUUAAGACUGUUCAGUGCUGUUAUGACAUUAGCUUUUGAACUAAUGUGCAGAUCUCUUUUUCCUUUUUUUUGUAAAGUAUAACUUGUCUUUUAUUUGUGCUUUGCUUUUGUCUUUCCACGUUUCACAGCUUUUAUUAAAUUGUUUAUUGAAACAUAAAAUGUCUAGUUUACCUAUACUGUAUUCAAAUGAAUUGCCCUUAAAACUGUACUCUGGACUACUUUUUCUAUUUUACAAUUAAAUAUCUUUUCCACAUA